CCUUGUUUGUAAUCAUUUCCUUUACAGUUUAUAGCAUAACACGGAAGUAAGCAUGUUUCUUAUUGUAGUAUAGGGUUUUUGUAAGUAUAACCCGUGGUCUGAGAUUUUUUUUUUUGCGGUCUGUACUAUCUACCGAUUCGUUUUUUAUAUAUAGCUGUCUUGGUUCGUUGUAUAUUUUAGGUACAAUUCAGAUGGCAGGUUGGAAAAUCUUUCUCGUUUCGUGUUUCAUACGAGUUGGCAUCGUUUCUGUUCUUGGGGAUUGUGGUGAACCACCAAAAUCAGAAAUGGCUGUUGUGGACGGUAAUUUCAAUGAAUUUCCUGUGAACACUAUACUUUCCUACUCAUGCCGUCCUGGUUACAUUUGGGAUCGUUCAUCAAAUAAAACAGUUAUUUGUCAAGAAGAUUCAAAAUGGACAGAGCUUAAAAUCACCUGCACCCCCAAGAGUUGUGGUCCUUUGGAAGAUAUACAGAAUGGCGUUGUCGUGUAUAGCAACAGUGUUCAUUUUGGCUCUGUUGCUGAGAUAUCUUGUAAAGAAGGGUAUAAUAUAGUUGGAAGAAAUCAAAGAGUUUGUUUGGUUAAUGGAUGGGAUCACCAGAAUCCAGUAUGUGAACCUGUAAUAUGCGACGCCCCCCCAGAAAUAGCAGAUGGGACAGUUGAUUGGGGCUCAGGAGAUAUAACAGUUGCAUCUGUUGCCACCUAUAAAUGUAAAAAAAACUUUCACCUUAUUGGAAAUGCGACUAUUUACUGUACCAAGUCAGGAAGUUGGAGCGGUUCACCUCCUAUCUGCAAAGGGGGUUGUGGCAAUCCGCCAAUAUCAGAAAAUGCAGUUUUGGAUAGUGAUUUGAAUGCAUUUCCUGUGAACACUACACUGACCUACUCGUGCCGUCCUGGUUACAUUUGGGAUCGUUCAUCAAGCAACCAAACUAUUUGUCAAGAAAAUUCAAGAUGGACAGAGCUUAAAAUCACCUGCGCCUAUGAGGGGGAUAACGAGAAAAAAAAACAUAUCAUUGUAGCUGUAUGUAUAACUGUUGCUGUUAUUAUACUUUUAGCAUUCAUCCUCGUCCUAAUCUGGUGCUUGAAAAAGAAAGAUGGUGGAAGUUACAAGACUACUGAAGAAAAAGUGGGUCCUGCUCCGUCUGUUAAUACCAGUUCACAGCAGUAUAGUGCAUUGCAAAACAAGGAAGCAAGCAUCUAGGAAUGGUGAAGUCCUUUGAAGUUUAAGGCAAUAAUAUUUAGAAAUCCACACAAUGUUUCUUAUGUCUUCAUGCAAUGUUGACUGUCAAGCAGUAAAUUGCGCUGGAAAAUGACACCGAAUAGUUGCCAAAGAAAAGGAGAAUACAGCCUUACACCUAGCAUGAAAGGUGGAAGAAUCGCAUCUGUACUGUAGUCAUAAAUCAUUUUUAAAGUUUGUAUUUACUUCAGAAUGCAGACCAUUUCUGCAGAUUGUGCCUUGAUAGGUUCCUUUAUUUAAUUGGAUGUUUCCCAUGUAUAAAAUUGCAUGUUAACCUUUUUCAGUUCAUGCCCAACAACCCUCCCACACACAGUUGUGGAAUGUUAUAAAAGCAGGUAGACAAUGUUUUUCAUUGUAGUUAAUUUAUCUUUUGCAGAGAAUUAGCCACAUAUAACUGUUGCCUUGUUUUGACACAUAUACAUGUUCUGAGAUUGUUUCAUUGUACUUGGUUUAUUAGUACUAUGGUGUUCAUGGUCGUAGAUAUAUAGUGAGAUUUUUUUUUCUGUUUUUGCCCUUAAAUCUGGAUGGCUGUACUUGUUUCUUUCACCUUUCUGCCCAGCACUGUGCCUUAUUGUUUACUGACCUGUAAGGUAGUAUGUUGCCAGUGCAUUUAUUUAAAAAAAAAAAUGCAUAACUUGACCAGGUACCAAGUAGGUGUAAGUACACUCCUGCUACCUUUCCUUGUUUUUUUUUUGUUGUAGCAACGUGCUUUGUACCAUGAUUGUUAAAUUUUGGCACAGCCUACAUCUAGAUUGUGGCUUUCUGAGUCUCAGUAUAGGUAAUGCGUUUUAAGAAGAUAAUUACAGAGGGUACAUAAUGCUCACCAUGAACUGUUGGAGCUGGAUGUACUCCAAGGACGAUAGGUUUGUUGCUCAGCUGAAUGUUUGAAGGACAGCAAAGUCUCUUUUCAGCUUUGGCACACAGUUUAUUUUGCCAGUUUGUGGUCCUUACGAGUCUUACCAAGAAAAGUGUUAGAGACUAUAUUGUUUUGGGUAAAUAGAAGGAAGCCCAUGAUAUUCCUUUGCAUUAAAGGAGUGACUUAAUAUGUACCAAAUUUCAUGCCUGUAGCAAUACUUAACUUCCCCUCAGAAGUCUGAGAAGUUAGUUCACAGGCAUGUUUUCACUCAUGUAGGAGUGUCAAAGCUUCUAAGUAAUAUAUGACUUUCACAAACGUUUUUAAAUCUGUUGAGGUCUCUUUUCUCUUACCCAGGUUUUCACAUAGGUAUUCAGUAGUGGUACAGCUUUAAGUGGGCUUAUCCUUAAUCUGUCAAAAGCCUUCACCACAGCCGCCCAUGACUCUAGAAUGAACUAUGUCUACCCCCAACAGUUACCCAGUGAUUUCAAAGCUACCCAAGUAACUCAUUGGUGACAGGGUAUAUUCUGUCCCUUUGUUUUCAAUAAUGAAGUCCCCCAUGGUUCAGUACUGGACCUCUGUUUAAUUUUACAUGUAAAUCCUAUGUAUAAAUAAAGUCCUGGCAAUCUUAGCAUGUAAAAUGCUGACAACAUAGCACUUUGCCAGUAACCAUACCAUUAGUGAAAAGUACCUUCACUUUCAAACACCGAUAUAUAGCCUUCAGACUGCCAUUUAAUACAUGGUGUUAAUGUAGAUACUGGUGACACUAUCCAUUUCAUUAACAAGGAUGGGUAUCCUAGCACUGUGUGCAUAACAGUAUUCUGUCCGUAAUCGAUCAGAUAACUUCAACCAUCAAAAAGUUCAACAUCACAGUAGGGAACCUUUAUUAGGUACACUAAAGCCAAGUUACAUCUCUAGUACACUGCAGAUAGCCCUACAGUUAUUUAAACAAACCUGUAUUUUAACUUCCACUUAAAAUGUGUCAUACAUCUGCAGAAUUCAUACUAGGCCUUCAAAAUACAUCAUUGUACCCGUAUUUUAGAUUUUUAGUGGCACAUAUCUGACAGACUGAAUUGCCAUCUACUAAGUUAUGCUCCACAAACUAGUACUUCUAAUUUUCUUCUGUGUAGAUAUCCAAACUCCAUACAAACACUUCUUCAUCACAAACACUUCUUUUCAGCAACAGCUUGUAGAUACUUUAGCAGCCUUAUGUAAUGUGUGUGUGUGUGUGUGUGUGUGUGUAUAUAUAUAUAUAUAUAUAUGUGUUAUAUGUAAACUAACACAAGUCAGACCAUUCCUUAGUUAAAUGCUCAUUCAUCACUUGUCAUAGAACUUCUGUGGGGUGGAAAGUAAUUAUUUCAUUUGUAAGUAAACAAAUAUUUGUGUAUAAACACUCACUUUUUAACCAUUGCAGGUAGCACUCUUGCUGUAGCACACCCACAAAUUUAUUAUUAAAUAUAUCUAUCAUUAAAACAUUCUUAGCUGUUACUAAACCAGUUCCAAGUCAACAGUUGCCUAGUACUUAUUCCUAACAUCAGCACAAAGAUGCAAAUUCUGUCAACAAUUAGUGUGCGUUCUUCUCAGAUGGACUAAAUUCACACUGUGCUGAUAUACAGUUCAGAUUACUAGUCUGUUUCAGACUGAUUAUAUUCCUGUACUGUAUUACGUUUCAUCAGACCUUAACUUUGUUUUUCACUAGCUUGGAUUUCAGACUGCUGUUGCUUUCUGAUGUUUCUGAGCUCACUUUUGCUUGUUACUGUACAGUUAAUUUUAAUGUACAUAUUUAUUGUUAAUAUAUUCUAUUUAUUGUUAAUGCAUUUUAUUUCUAAAUGUGCACAUGUAUUUUGGAGCCAUUUCUCCCAGGAACUUCUGUUAAAAUGUAUGACAAACCCAGCUGGGCAUCCCAGUCAUCAGAAUAUAAGUAAAUACAUAAAUAAACCAGAUGAAAUGUAAUAACUGAGCUCUUUUGCUUGCUUUGUAUUAGAAGAUUACUGGGGGGGGGGGGCACUUGUAUAUGGAGAAGGUUACUGGGAGGCAGUUGCAUAUGGAGAGAGAGAGGGACAGACGUGUUAAAAGCCAUUGGGGCUCGACAGAGUGUUUGCUGUUAAGGCCAUUAAAUUAUUUUUUCAGUUUUUAUCUUGAAUGCUAAUGUCCACAGUCUGCUGAAAACUGUUAACCACCAACUUUUUAAAGAGGUUUGUUAAGGUCUUCAUUUCCUAACUUUCAGAGUAGUUAAAAUUCUAGCUGCCAUCCUCAGUAUUUUUUUUAAUGGCUCAACACUUUGAUUACCACAUUUUCAUUUUUACAUACUGCCCUUGUUUAGGCAAUGAUUGUGGAUAUCAGCAUUUUUAUAAUUAUAUGUUUAUGUACUUUAAUAGGUACAGGUUGGUGUGUUUUAAACAGUGAUUGCAUUAAGAGGUUUGUUUCACACACCCCCCCACGGGUCUAUAUUAAUAGUUAAACAAGUAAACUGUCAAUUUACCUUUAAUUGACCUGUAUUUGUCGAAGCUCCACAGCAUCAAACGGCCAAAACGGCCCAACCACGCACACCACAUUAAAACAAACACUAUAAAAGUGGGGGCUGUGGCCCCCACACUCCCCUAACUAAAUAUACUAACUCUGAGAUGGGGGUGGCCUAAUGGUUAAGGUGUUUGCCUUACAAACACAAGG